GCACACUACACGUCAUCUAUCCUACAGACGACGAGACAACAUUUUUCAAAGGUCCAUUGGUCUCUUUCUCCUUCUUUCUCUCUUGUUAUGAUUUGUCACCGCGGAACCCAACCCAGUAGCAGAAAUAACAUGUGAAUAUGUAUAAUUAUGGCAAACCUUAGCCUACGUGGUCUUGAAUUCACAUUUGUGAAGGUGUACUUCAAUAUAUUUCGAUCAAUCCAAAAUCUCGAUUAUUAUACUUUUUAAUUAAACGAAUCUUAUUAUUUGAAUUAACGAAUUAGGAGUUGUGAUUCAUCCUUUAUAUAAAAAUUGAUGUAUAAUAUCGUACCAUAUGCUAGAAAACUUCAUAUAUUUAUUUAUAUAUCAGCUAUUAUAUAUAAUAAUUAGUAUUAUAAUAAAUUAAUGCAAAGUGAAUACUUUUCUUAGCUUCUUCAUAUAUAUAAUCUUCCCUCCCUCUCCCUCCCACCCACCCGUUGUUUGGAAAAUUCCAAACCGGAGGAGUCCCCUCUUCAUACAAGUGGGCCGCCGCUGGACUAUUUAUUUUCUUCCAUUCCAUUCCCUCUCGAUCCCUUCUUUCCUUCCUUCGUCUUCCCUACUUCUCCUCCCCCGCCGGCUUGAAACCGUUUUCUCCUUCCUUCCUUCCUUAUUAUUCUUUUUCUCUGUACUAAUAAAAUCUUAAACCACCGAACGCCGCCGAUUUCCACACAGACCAAUCAAAUACUCAACAACCGACCCGGCCACUAACCAAACCGGUCGAAACCUUUUCUACCUGAUGAGAUGAUCACCGUCGUCGAUGCAUAGCCGCUGCAAAGACUGGGUCUCUACUAUCCCGAUCGCACAGCAGGAAAUUAAAUUAAAUAUGGAGAGCGUAUUCGGGAUGGCGCCGGAAAUGGAGCUGCCCGCCUAUCUGCAGGCGUUGAUGCAGCACCUGGGGAGCUCUUACAUUUGCCUUUGGUCCCAUCUCCCCCAUCGCCACCCUCAUAAUAACUCUGUAUCCAGCCUGCUCGUUUUCGCCGGAGGCUUCUACCGGCCGCAGCUGCAACACCACGACGACGAUCACCACCACCAGCCAAUACCCUCUUCCUCCUCUUCUUCUUCUCCUCGAUCGCCUCCUCCGUCUUCUUCUUCUUCCGCCGCAGCAGCCAACCGGCAUUUCCAGGACUACACACGGUCAACAUUCACUCCCAUCAACGAUCGAGUUCCGGGGCACGCCUUCUUGAUCAACCACCCGUACGUAGAGCUGAACGAAUCACCGGAGCUGCUGCGAAUGGCGUCCAAUCUCUCACAACGCCUCUUCUACCAGGAAGCGGAGAUCAAGACAGCAGUGUUUAUGGGUUGCAGAAGUGGCGAGAUCGAGCUCGGCUGGUCUAAUCCGACGGCUCAACAACUAAUGAGCAUCGAGGGGGAGAUGAUGAAGCUUUUCCCCGACGACUUCUCCAGGCUUCUAACGACGACGACGACGACAGCGAAUAAUAUUACGGGGCUGCCGCCGCGGCCAGCAUCCUCGUCCACCUCCUCCGUCAGAUCAUCCGCGCUCUCCCUUGAUCAGAACAGCCCUGAGUACUCGUCUUUCCUCCUCAACCUCACCGCCAAUACCACCGCUGCCGCCUCCACCUCUUCGCCCGCCUUCCACCCUCCCCCGCCGCCACGUCAGCAGCAGCAGCAGCCGUACGUGGGGCUGUUUCCGAGUACUCAUCAAAUGGCGGCGAGUAUGGAGGACGCCGCCAUGACCAGAGCCUUGCUGGCUGUCUUCACCUCUCAUCCCCCAACUGCUACUGCGGCGGCGGCUCCAUCUAAUCAUCAGGGCCGCCGGAUGCCACGUCGGACUACUAGUACUGCUUUCAAGAAGUUCGCUGCUGCUGCAACUCCUCCUCCUCCUCCUACGCGAGGAGUGAGAGCUGGAGGGCAAAGCAUGUUCAAGAGGGCGAUUACGUACUACAGGAGGAGCUUCACGGCGAGGGACAUGAGUCAGCUGGCCUGCAGCCGUCCCACCACCACGCAGCUCCACCAUAUGAUCUCCGAGCGCCGCCGCCGGGAGAAGAUCAACGACAGCUUCCACUCCCUCCGCUCCCUCCUCCCUCCCGAUGCCAAGAAAGACAAAGCGUCGGUGCUGAGCCGGACGAAGGAGUACAUGAGCUCCUUGAUCGCCCAAGUGGCCGACCUGGCAGAAAGAAACCGCCACCUCGAAUCCAAACUUGAUCAGCUCCUGAAUUCCAGACGACCACUGCCACCAGCUGCCACUAGCAGUACUGUCCCCGUCAGGAUCAAAGCAGCCGCAGCCGCGCCGGAGUACUCGGGAGCAGAAGGAACGAUUCCAUGCGAGCAGAUCAGGGUGGUAGACGUACGGCUGAGAACAGUGGAGGAAACAACGUCGGAGCAGCACGGCCGCGUGGUGGAGCUGCACGUCACUGUCGGAGGAGGAGGAGAUCAGUCGUCGUCGCCGCUGGUCUCGGAUGUGGUGAUUCGGGUGCUGGAGUUUCUCCGACAAGUCAACAACGUUGACUUGGUGGCCUUGGAAGCAAAUGCCAGUACAGACACAUUACGCCAACUAUCUGCUGCCGCGUCGACGGCGGAGCCGAGGCCAAGUAUCAGCCGAGCUGUUUUCCUGCUGCAGAUUCAGGGAGAUGAAGAAUGGGACGAAGCCGCCUUUCAGGAAGCAGUAAGAAGGGUGGUUGCUGACCUGGCGCAAUGACACUUGUCCAACCACCCAUUAACCCUUUUGCAGAAAGCUUGAUUGAUGGGGAGAAAAGAAACCAAGAAGAAGUUUGUAGGCUACCAAGUGAACCAAAUUUUGGGGUUUGAAAGUUCUAUAGAUUUAUUUGUAUAAUACACAAUUGAACCUACUAAUUCAGCAUAUAAAUAGUACUUUCUUGUUUUUAGCUAGGAGAGUUUUAUUCACACUAAGUAAGCUUUUAUUUGUGUACGUCGAGUUCAUCUAUACAUCUCAGUUUUGAGCAAGUUUAUGUUGAAGUAGACUGAAAUUGUUUGCUUUAUGCAUAAAAUUAUGUUUUAUCGUAGUUUCUAAUUCAUUUGAAAUUAUUGAUGUUGGUCUUGAUAUGAUAAUGAUAAGUUAGUCGGCUUCGGUGAUUAGGCGUGUUGAAUUCGGGUUUUAAGUGCCAAUUAUGCCAACUGUGGUGCAGUUAGUUCGGUUUUUACAUCGAGCAUCCAACUCAUGGUGGUAGAUCCUACUAUCUACUUCUACUAUAAACUCUAGCUUUAACAUCGAGUAUGUUGUACCAUAAAGGAAUUUGUACAUAAAUGUAUAAGUACAGACUAAAUUUGUACUAUAACGUUCAAGGUACAAGUUCAGUUGUACCAUAAAGACAAAAAAAAAAACUAAAGCAAUACUUAUUCUUUAAAGUAUUGUAAAAUUCCUCUAUUGUUAUAUAUUUGAUUAUAAAAGAAUUUUACAAUGUUCAUAAUUACCGGUGCUUCUAGAAACAAGUUGAAUUUGUACAACAACGUUGUAUGUACAAGUGUAGUUUGUUUCACAAUCCUUUGUUCAUGAAGAAGAAAAAUUAGAGGGCGAGGGAAAACUAGAGGAAAAUGAAGGGAUUCAAAACUUUUCCCUUGUUCACAAGUUUAAAUGAACUUUUUGAUUUUUUUUUCCUUCGUUUCCCAUUCAAAAUCGAACACCACUUUCUUCUUGUUAUUUCACUGCUCUCAAAUUUUCAUUCUUCUUAUAUUUUUCCUUCCCUCUCCAAAUUUCUCUCCCUCUUUCAUGAACUUAGUAUAAAAGAAUUUGUGCGAAAUAAUACAGAUACAAAUUAAAUUUUUACCAACACAUUAAGAUACAUAUUUAAUCUAUGUCAUAAACGAAUUUGUAAGAAAAUGUGGCUAUUGAUUAUGUCCUUUCUUGGAAAGAAGCUUCGGAUGAGUAAAAAGACAAGAGUUUCGUUCUACUUCGAGAGCUAUCAGAUUAAUUUUUUUUUAUCUCUUUUCAAUUAAUUAAAAAGAUGAUUAAUUAGCAAAUUCACUUAUAAUUUAAGGCGCCCAAAUUGACUGCCGAGGUUUAACUACGAACGCUUUUCUGGGGAAGCUGGAAGGAUCCAUUGACCAAACCCUUUUGCUUCCUUUAUUUUAUUUUGUGUGGAUGGAUGGAUGAGUAAAGAAAGCCCCAAGUUGUGUUGAAUUGAAAUCAAUAUUCAAACCUGGUCCAACCGGUCCACAGACCAAAAGGAUCCAAAAUAGAGCACAUCAACGUCAAGAUUAUUCUCACCAACCCACAAUUAAUUUUGCUUUCAUUUUCACUUACCUGUCUCCAAUUUUUCCACAGAGAAAACAUUGAACUAUAAUUUUCUUCAUACCUUUGAUUUUCUGAUCAGCAGUAGUAGUUUCUAAUUUUCAUAUGCUUAAAAGCGAAAGAAAAAGAGUUUGAGUCGGCCUCCUGAAAAUAUGUUACCACAGUGGUAAAGAAAAUUUGUUCGUGAUUCUGACAUAUAUGGUUACAGAAUUUUUUUUUAUUAUAGUGCACAAGUCGUACGUCUAGCUACCACGGAGGUAACUAACACCAUGGUAACUAAAUGACCAAUAUCAUU